GUUCACACGGCACUGAGACAAAAGCAGGAGACGAGAGAGAUCCUGCGCUCUUCUUCACCUGCCGCUUCCACCUGAACACGGCUUCUGCAUUAACACACGGCGAAGGGGAACUUGUAACAGUGUGCACAAGAUGAAGGGGAUUCUUAAAGACAAAAAACAGAAAUUUAAUUCUGUGGCCAACGUGGAGGGACAGAGCCACUCGAUUUGUGUGGUGCGCUGGAAAGAAGAAACGCUGGAGGUUCACAGCUCGGCUCCCAGCAGCCCGUUCAAGAGCGGCAAAAGCACAUCUUCACGCGUGCAGCAAAGACAUCAGCAGAGCCUGAAAGACUUCCGCAGCUUGCAGGAGUGCAUCAACUUCCUCAACAGCUGGAAGUUACAGGUGGCACAAGUCUGUAAGGGAAGCGAUGGCGCUGACGAACGCGCUUCAGGCUCGUCAGAUCGCCAUGACGACCCUCGAACCGAGCGCAGCCUGGAGGAGAGCCGCAAACUCAUCCUGCAGUGGGCUGAUGAACUCAAGAGUGUCGACAAGGUAUCAAAAGAGAGCCCAUGGCUGCAGGAGAGGUUCAAGUGCAGUGAGGAUGAUGAGCAGACGAAGAAAGAGGAGGAGCAUGGAGAAGAGGUUCAGCAGAGGGUCAUGGAGUGGGCCAAAGAGCUGCAGAGUGUCUCUGAGAGCUGUGGCAUGCUGGGAAAUGAGCUGGCACAGAUGCUCCGUCUGCUCGGCCUGAGGAAGAAGAGGCUCGUUUCUUUGAUGCCGUUACUCGAGUUCAUCACCUGGUCCUUACUGACGGACGACAGCAAGGAUGUGGUUUCUCAGCUGUGGCUUUUGGCAAAGCAGCGAUCCUGGGAAGCAGGUACACAACAGUACAUACCCAACUCUGUGUGGAACUGGAUCACCAGCGCUUCAGUCAAUGUUACCCUCGACCCUCUGACAGCUCACCCCUGGCUGCUGGUCUCCGAUGAUCAGAAGAGGGUACAGGAGGGUCCGGAGGAAGCCGACCUGCCGUACAGCCCUCAGCGCUUCGACAGCUGGCCGUGCGUCCUGGGCUGGACGGGCUACACCAGAGGCCGCAGCUACUGGGAAGUGGAUUUAGCGAACAACGGCUACUGGAGAAUCGGAGUCACCGCCGCGUCAUCUAAGAGGCACGGCCGCUUCCCCAUGAAGCCUUCGAAAGGGUACUGGGUGCUGUGGAGGAGCACACGGCAAUUCUACGCAUGCACGGACCCCGAGACGCUGCUGCCUCUCACGCUGGUGCCCAAGAAGAUGGGAAUAUACGUCGACUACGAGGAAGGCCAGAUCUCUUUCUACAACGUCGAGAACAAAUCGCACAUCUUCACCUUCACGGGGAAUUUCCACGGGAAACUUUACCCUCUCUUCGCCCCGCUGGACGGCAGGACCGUCAUGACUAUAUCCUCUCCUAAAUAGAUGGUUUCCUUUCUGUCGCACACGACACGGAACAUUUUAACGACCUGUCCUUAAUUCAGCAACGGAGUAGCAUUAUUUAAUAUAUUUAUGACAUCUUAUUAAACUAUUGUAUAAGCAUGCACUAUACUUUCUGUCUUUCUCUCUAUGUUCAUUUAAUACUGUAAUUGUAAUUGCUGCUAGACUGCACUUUAUUUUACACAGAUUAUGUCUUCAUGUCUUCUUGUAAUACUGUACCUAUAGGAAUAUUUGUCAUAUCGAGCACAUUGUUGUCAGAGGAUGACCGAUAGUUUCAUUUUGUUAGAAAUUUGUUAACUUUCUCUUCAAUUAAUUGCAUUUCAGUG